AUGAUGAUGGGUGGUGGGAUGAUGGGUGGUGGGAUGAUGGGUGGUGGGAUGAUGGGUAGUGGGAUGAUGGGCAGUGGGAUGAUGGGCGGCGGGAUGAUGGGCGGUGGGAUGAUAGAUCCGUCCAUGAUGUACGGUGGUGGACAGGUUUUACAACCGCUUGGAUUUAAUGGAAGAAAUGAUAAGAAACAUACACAACUUUCUGUUCAUGUAGACAAGGGUGAUCCACAUAGCUCUGGUGGAUUUUCGAGUAGUAUGGGAGACAAUAUAGCCGGCGGUAUGGAAGAUAUGUCAGGUGAUAUGGAUGAUACAGAUAUGGGUAGUAUUACCGAUAUGUUACAUAAAAAACGAUCAAUGAGUAAACAGCGUCGUUCAAAUAGUAAUUUAAAAUCGAAUAAUGGUGAAUCAGCAUCAGAUGUGAAAAGAUCGGAUGACGAAAAUGACGAAAAAGAACUACGUGAAGACAUGCGUUCACAUUCAGCUAAUUCUAAUAAUCGUCAUCGUCGUGAUGCUGAUUCAGUGAUCGUAUUACAUGAUCAACAACCAGAUAGUUUAGCUACUGAAAUGCAACAAGCAAAUUUUAAAUCUGAAGGCACACAGCAUGAACAUGAACAGCCAGCAAAUACGGCUGCAUUUAAAGAUCAACAUAAUGACGCCAUUAACGAUAUUGUAAAUGCACAACGUAGAAGAAGAGAAUUCGAAAAUGAUCUUUCUAAUGAACCGAGUGACGAGUCAAAAACUAUCUAUGCGGCUCAUGUGGAUGAUCCAGAUGGAGUGCAUAACAAGCAACGAGUGGAAACAUCGUUUCGACGACAUUCUCCAUUCUCCCCGUUCCAUACUACGUGGAUACCCUACAAUUACGCAAAUAUGCCAACAUGGUUCAUGAGACCAAAUCCAUGGAAUCAUCGACGUGAAGUUAUUCGUUUUUAUCAUUUAUUAGAAACACCACAUGGUGUCAAAAUUAAUCGUUUAAAUAAAGACUACUAUCGUCCUGGCAAACGACAUCUCAAAGAUCAACAAAAGAAACGUCGUAAUGAUGAUGAUUGA